AAAUACUGUAGGGAACAUGGGAAGAAAUUGAUAUUAGGAGCAUUUGAUCAAUUUGUAUUUAUUUAUUUUAUCAUUUUGUUAAUAAAUUGACAAAGAAUAUUUGCCUCCCAUUUGUCUUGAAUUCAACUUGGCUUUAUAGAAUGACCAGAUGACUUGUGAAACUGAUCAUAUGUAAGUGUCAUGCCAGAAAAGAGAUGAGAAGUGUUGGGGUGGAUGCUGACUGUCAGGGGCCUCCAAAGCCUGUCUUUUAAGGACUACAGUGAUGUCCAUAAAAUGCACAAUUGCUGUAUACAACAACUCUCUAAUGUUUAAAAAAAAAACACCACAGCUUCACAAGAUAUUAAACUAAGAUAUCAUUUUACUUCUAAAUUGAAAAUCUGCUUUGGGACUAACCUUUAGGACAUUACUGAAGCAAUCUAUGGCAAAUUUAAGACUGGACUAAACCCUUCUAUUAGAUGUGGAAAUGGAAAGUUCCUCCAACUUCUCCCACUUGAUUGUUCUGACAUAAAAUCAACCAAAAUGGCAGCAAUUUCAAUAGUAAAGGAUGAUAUGCACCAUUCAAUGUCAUUUAUAGCGGUGUGCAUAUGGUGAUAUUUCAUUCUUCCAUAUUUGCAAGAGAAUAUAGAGGAUUAUUAAGUAUUUUGCUGUCAAACGCUCCAUUUUGCGUUGCCAUAGAAACGGAAUUUUCUAUGUACGUGAAAAGCUCAGAAUAGUCGUAAUCACAGUAAUUCCGAGGAGAUUCAGUCAACGGGAGCUUUUCAAACUGUAAUCAUAAAGUAUAACACUUAUAUAAUUAAGGCAAACAUACAUUGUACAUCCAAGGCUAAAAUGAUCAAGAAAAAGUUCGAAUGGAGUUUAUACAUUAAGUGGCUGAAAACGAAUGAACUGUGAAAUGAACUAUUAAAACUUAAAUUAUUACAAUUUUAAUUAUAAAAAAAAAAAAAAAGUGAAACCUUGGCACGCAACCGCUGAUAAUGUUUCUGGAGGCGCGUUCCAAAAUCGAACGCGCGCGAACCGCGGCCUCUUACAACUUCACACACUAUCUAACUUUCCCUUUCCUGAAAUUUCGUGCCCAGUCUGCACAAACGCCGCUUUCUUCCGUUUCCCAUGUCAUUUCCUGUAAUAAAAAGAUGGUGGUCAUAGCAGAGAGAAGCAGCUGACUGUGGUACAAACAUUUGGAGAUGAUAAACUUUGCAUCGCCCGGGACUAGUGAAAUCCCCCCGCGCCGUUGCGUCACCGCCGCGCUUCUCGGAGCGGCAGAUAGCGAGACGCAUCACGGCUGAAGAAGACCACCAAAGACCCCGCGACGCACUGCGUAUGUUUUUUAGACGCUUUAAUAUGUUGAAGUGAAAAGCGCUCACAGGAGUCUCUCCUUCCUGCCCAGAAUGAUGGCAGAUUCCUGUGCUAUUCCAGACCAUUCCUUCAUGGAAGUUGAGGCUGAAUGCAGCACCAGUGCCUCAAAUGGGAAGUCAACUGAAGAGCCAAACAAAAAACUAAAAGUUGACCAUGAGCAUUCGACCAAUUUUUGGUUCUGUGAAGAAUGCAAGAAGUAUUUCUUGGAGGAGUGCCCUACCCAUGGGCCCCCUGUUUUUGUGCCAGACACCCCUGUGGCAUCAGGGGUGCCCAAUCGGGCAGCUCUCACUGUGCCCUCAGGCAUUGAGAUCCGCCGAGAUGGUGAUAAGGUGGAUGUCUGCUGCAUGGAUGAAAACAUACCAAAGGGGGCGCUGUUUGGUCCUUAUCAAGGCCAAAUAAUGGCCUCGGAUAAACCCUCAGGACCAUACUCUUGGAUGAUUGUUGAUAAGGACAGUAAAAAUAAAUUCAUUGAUGGGAGUGAUGAAACUACGUCUAACUGGAUGAGGUUUAUUCUGAUUUCUUCUGAUGAGAGUAAAAUGAACCUGAGUGCAUUUCAGCAUGGGGAAGAAAUCUACUUCAGAGUGUGUCAGAGACUAACGGUGGGCGAGAAACUCUGUGUGUGGUACAGCAGCGAGUACAUGAGGCGACUGCAAAGUGUGUCUCGGGACAGCAUUGACCGCAAUCUGGACACAGGAGUGAAAUUGGAAGAACAGGAGGAGCACAAAGGUCCAGUGUUGAGAUCUGCAGUACACGGUAGAAGGACCCUAAGUAAGCAUGGAAGUGAUGAGGCAGAAAACCAGCCCCAGGCCAAGAAAAAGAAGAUUGACCUCAUUUUCAAAGAUGUCCUGGAAGCAUCUCUGGAGGCUAAUCAAAGCCAGAACAGCCCCCUGAACAGCACCUUGUCUUUUCCAAGAGCAAGAACAAAUGUCUGCCAGCUUGACGCAGAGUGUAAAGACUCCAUCUUCACCUCUGGAUUGGCUUCCAUGGAACAUCACGAGAGUGGGUUUGAUGGAAAAUGCAUUAAAAUGGAAGAAACAGAAGAAGAUGCGACCCUGACCGGUGAAGGGCCAUCAACAUCUUUCUGCCCAAACUGUGUGAGGUUAAAACGACGAAUACGUGAGCUGGAGGCUGAACUGCUCUGUCUCAGAGGACAGAGGCAUGCUGAAAUUAAACCAGUACCACCAUUUGAGCCCCUUCAUAGUGAGGACCUCAGAGAUGCCAUGACGCCCGUCCCAGCGGCGCUUGAGGAAGAUGACCAGGAUGUUGAUUCUGCUGAUGAAUCCAUUUCUGCUGACCUCAUGGUGGCUACGGAUGAGUCUUCAAAACUCUCGGUGGGCUCAGGUCGUCGGAUUCGUCGCUUCAAACAGGAGUGGCUGAAGAAGUUCUGGUUUCUCCGUUAUUCGCCCACACUGAAUGAGAUGUGGUGCCACGUGUGCCGACAAUACACCGUCCAGUCCUCCCGCACCUCUGCUUUUAUUAUUGGUUCCAAGCAAUUCAAAAUCCACACCAUUAAACUUCACAGCCAGAGCAAUCUGCACAAGAAGUGUUUGCAGCUUUACAAACUUCGCAUGCACCCGGAGAAGACCGAGGAGAUGUGUCGUAAUAUGAUGACUCUUUUCAAUGCUGCUUACCAUCUGGCUUUGGAAGGACGACCAUUUUCUGAUCUGCGACCCUUGGCGGAGCUCCUCAAGAAGUGCGACCUCAAAGUGGUAGAUCAGUACAUGAAUGAAAAUGACUGUCAGAUUCUCAUCCAACACAUUGCUCGAGCAUUCAAAGAGGAUUUGGCUGAGAAGAUUCGCCUUUCGCCCUUUCUAAGCAUCAUCAUGGAUGGGCAGAACGAUGAGCUUUUUGCUGAUACUGUUGCUGUGUACGUCCAGUUCACCACCACUGAUGGACUUCCUGCCACUGAGUUCCUUUCCCUACAAAGGCUUUGCGGAGGCAACGUGGAAGGCUACCUCCAGGCUGUGGAUCGUGCCUUUGGUGUCCUUGGUCUAAGACUUCAGGAUAUGCUAGUUGUUGGCUUGGGAAUAGAUGGCUCAAACCUCUCCUCUAGCCUGAGGGCAAAAAUUUACAUAUCCAUACAAAAGACAAUCCCUUGGGUGUUGUGUCUACCUGUGAUGAUCCAUCGUCCCCAUUUGGAGGUUCUGGAUGCUAUCAGUGGAAAGGAACUGUCUUGCUUGGAGGAUUUGGAAAACAACUUGAAGCAACUUCUUAGCUUCUACCGGUAUUCUCCACGUAUGAUGGCUGAGUUGAGAUCGACAGCACCAACUCUGUCUGAGGAAACUAAGUUUCUUGGGGAUAUAAGGGCUGUGCGUUGGAUCAUAGGUGAACCCAAUGUUCUCAAUGCCCUAAUCAAGGACUAUCUAGAGGUGGUUGCUCACUUGAAGAGCAUAAGCAGCCAAACCCAGAGAGGUGAUGCUGCUGCCAUUGCUCUGUCUCUACUACAGUUCCUGUUGGAUUAUCAGUCGGUGAAGCUGAUCUAUUUUCUGUUGGACAUCAUUGCUGUCUUUUCACGACUGGCUUUCAUUUUUCAGGGGGACUAUCUGUUGCCGUCACAGGUGGAUGCAAAAAUUGAGGAUGCCAUUCAUGAGAUUGGUCAAUUGGUGGACUCCCCAGGUGAGUACCUACGGGAGUUUGAGGACAACUUUCGGGAGAGUUUUAAUGGCGUGGACCUCAAGAACUUGCGGGUUGCUGAAUCUAAGUUUCAGUCCAUUCGAGAGAAGAUCUGUCAGCGAAGUCAAGGCAUCCUGGCCCAACGUUUUGAUCCACGCAGUCGCACAGUGGUUCAGGCUUGUCAGGUCCUUGACCUGGCCUCGUGGCCUCUUAACAGGGAUGAUCUUGGUGCAUAUGGAGAGGAGGAGAUCCUUGUCAUUUUUGACCACCUGGAGACUAUUCCUUCAUCUGGCCGUGAGCUCUCUCAAGAAAGAAUAGAUGCCAGAGGAAGCCUUUUAGUUGAAUGGAGGGAUCUAAAAGCUGAUUAUUGUAGUGUGAAUGGUUUUAAAGAAGUAGUCAGCCACAUCUUCAGAUACAAGCAACGUUUUCCUCUUCUCAGUCACAUCCUGCACGUUGUCAGGGUCUUGCCAACGUCAUCGACAUGCUGUGACAAAGGAAGAUGCUCGUUGCAGAAAGUCCGCAGAAAUUGCCGUUCCAGACUAACUCUGGAGCAGAUCAACGAUCUGCUCACCUUGGCCAUUAACGGACCGCCUAUAAGGAGCUUUGAUGGAAAGCGAGCAUUGGACAGCUGGUUUGAAGAGAAAUCCGGGAACAGCUAUUCACCCUCGACAGAAGUGCUGAGCAGAAUGUCAUCCACCGAACAAAAGUCUGUGUUGCACAAUAUGGAUAUGAAUACAGAGUAUUAUCCAGAUAUUUAACUGAUCAUCACCAACUACUCAGCCAACAUAAUUCCAAAAAGCCAUCUCGUUGGAAAAGGGCUGAUCGGUACUAUAAUGUGAUUGGCCAAGUAGUUUAACACUGGCCCUGCUGCUAAAAUCAACUAGAUCAGCGUCUUCUCUAAGAGUCGGUAUAAAUGCCUUUGCAGGUCGCAGGCACAUGAAACACUUUAAAAUGUUCAUGUAAAUGGUUGUGACAAGUGUUUUUGUUCCAAAGAGAAACUAGGAUAUUUUCUAGUCGUGAGGAUUGUUGCCGUUAGGUGAAUGCUCAACUAAGCACCAUUUCAUCAGAUAUUGGUGAGUGAAGCCUCCUUGCAGUCUUUUUUAAUCUCUGAAAAUGUCACCUUCUUGCAAAAACCGAUUCAACUAAACCCUUUCUGGAAUAACAGUUUUAUUAUUAAAUCUGCAAUAUAAUUUGAGCAAUCAUUCUCUAUUUGUACGUAGACUUGUGUUUUUGGAAAUGUAUUUUUACAGCAUGCUCUUUAUGCUGGUUAUCACUAAUUGGAAUGGAAAUAGCCACUCUUUUGCCAUGCAUUAUAUUCCUAACAUUUUGUAUUUUUUUUAAGAUACUCAUUAGUUAACCAUUACCUUUAAGAUUAUAUGUAAAUCUUGAUUUGAUAACAUGUUGAUGUGGCAUAAAACUUUAUGCAAUCAGGUACCUGUAAUGUGCAGUUUACACCCAAUCUGAUUGAAAGAUUUCAAAUAUAUAGCCUAAAUAUGCAAGGUUUAGCCUUACCAAAAAAAAAAAAAAAGGUUUUUGCAGUUCUUUUAGCAUGUGCUGGUGCUUGAUUUCUGGUGCAUAUUUUUAUGUACAGCUACCGGCAGCCAUGCCAGACCCCCUUAUGAGCCAGUUCAAAUUAUAGUUAUAUUUUCUGAUUCCACAUCAUUUUUAAAUGAUGUGAAAAUUUUUCAAUGAUAAACAGAAAAUAUUUCAGUAAUAAUAACCCAAAAUUCUAUUACUGUCUGUCUCAGCAAUACUUUUGACCCAAUACAAAUGUGUGUGCAUGCUGUCACCACUAGUAGGCGACACUGUACAACAGUUUACCCUUUGAUGAAAUGUUUGUAUCUGAAAGAAUAACACUACUUAAAACACCAAGUCAUAAAAGAACAAAGCUUUUAUAUUUUAGAUUGUGUUAUUAUGUGCAUUCGUGUAUUCUAGCUGUGCAUGUGUUAUGGUCAGCACCAUAUAUUUUUCACUGACUUUAAUUUCACUUUAUUUUUUUGUCUUACCUUGCCUUGCCUUGCCACUAAAUUCCAUCUAUUAUAUCUGUGCAAUAUAUAUAUAUAUAUAUAUAUUUUACACUUAAAUUGUAUAUUCUUAAAUACAAGCAAGUUUAAUACUUACUAAUAAAGUUCAUUGAAACUGUGUAAUUUGGAGGUUUCCAACAUAACUGAGCAUGUUUUACAAGAUAACUUACUUCUGCUAAAAAUUCCAUAUUUUUCAGCCAUAACUGUUUUUAAAAUAAUAAUCAAGGUCAAAAAAAGGAGUCACCAGUAGACAUCUAUUAAUAGGCUUUUUUAAUAAUAAUGUUUUCAAUGUUGAAGUUGAAAUUUAACGUCAAUUUUAUUCAUGCAGUUGUUAAAGCAUCAUUAUUAUCAGUUUAGAAAAUAUUGUAAUUUGUGGUAUAUCUCGAUUUAUCAAUUUUAAAUGCAGUAAUAUUGAAGAGUAUUGAUUGACGUUGACUACCUUCCAUGUGCUGCAACGUUUUAUAUUAAUCAAACUGAAAUGGCUUGUCUUUAUUUUAAAAUAGAUUAAGAUUUUGCACGUCUGAAAAUUUAGCAUGUGUUUAAAGCCUGAGAAAGUUUGUAUUUUAUGGAAAGAAUUAUUUCAAUAAAUCCAUUUUUAUUCUGUUUUAAUGAAUGUACAUUUUAAAAACUGAAAUUUCAAAAACAGUGUUCAACGCAAAAGAUUACUCUCAUUUAACUGUGUUUCAUAGCUAUUUUUGUUAGAAUUUCAUGCGUUAGUGAGCAACUGAUGGCAUAGCAUACCCACUUCUGAACUCAUGAGUAGCAAAAGGAUUGUAUGGAUUUUUUAUGUAUGUAUGUAUGUGAAUGCUUUUGAAUGUUAGACUGUUACCUCACAGUGAGGUAUGCCAUCGAGUGAAUCUUCUCAUAUUGUAUGUCAAAGCAAACAUUUGCUCAUCUUUAAUGGUGAAUUCUCAUAAAAUGAGCCAAAGUCAAGUCUGAUUUUAAUUAGGUAAGGCUUUAAUAUGUAUUUUUCUUUAAUCGAAUACUAUGUGUACCAAAUGUAAACGUUAUGUCCAGAUUCAUAAUUUUGUAUUUUCUUGAUUUAGUUGUCAUGUAAACACAAUCAUGUGCAUUGUCCGUUUCAUGAAUGAAAUGUUUUUCAAUGUUUUUAUCUGGGAGACACCAGGUCUUAGGCCUAAGGAACAAGGUUACUUCUGAUUAGUAAGUUUAUUUUUGAACAAAAUAAGUGAAUGGUAGCUCCAUAGUUUCAUUCAGUUCCUUCUUGCAAAGAGAAAUGUCUUUUGCUUGGAUUUACACAUUAUACACCGUUUCUUCCUGAAAACAUAACACUGGAACUCCAGAAUAUGAACUACAUGUGAAAUAUCUACCUUGAGAAUGUGUACAUGUAUUAUAGAAACCCGCUUCAAAUGACAGCAUAUUGAAACUUUAUUCAACAAAUAAUGGUUUAAUAAAGUUUUUUUUAAUGUUA